AUGAGACUAUUGCCAUUUUGUUCUUCAAUUGAAGCAUUCUUAUCAUUUUCUUCCUCAUUCUCUUUAUUUUUCCUCAGCAUUCUUAUCAUUUUCUUCCUCAUUCUCUUUAUUUUUUCCUGCUUCUUUCUCUUCAUUUCCUCGCAUCUUCUCUUCAAUUUCUAGCUUCUCUUCUUAAAUUUCUUCCUCCUCCUGUUCAAUUUACUCAUCCUUUUCAAUAUUUUGCCCCUUUUCAUUUUCCUCCUCCUUCUCUUUAAAUUCUUCCUCCUCUACAAUUUUUUCAUUGACACCCUCCUCCUAUUUCACUCGCCCAGAAUAGGUUCUGACACGCCGACUUGGACUUAUAGCCAGAUGUUAAAAAACGUUUUUGAAGGAAAUAAAAUAGAAUGGUGGCGUAUAU